AUGGCUAAGUUCAAGAUUCCUGAACCAAGUAAGCUGGUGGGUGAAACACAAACCGAAGUUGUGUUGAAGAAACUUGUACAUAUGAAGCUCCUUUUCCCACUUCUUAGUUUAUUUGCAGAAGCAAUCCUGAGCUUGCCAAUAUCAAACGCCUGGCCGGAGCGUGGCGGUAGCGCGAUAAAGAGAAUUAAAACAAGACUCAGGUCUCGCCUCUCAAAUAAAAUGCUAGAAAGUCUACUUCACAUAUCCAUAAAUGGCCCUGAAAUUUGCACAGAAGAGUGCGAUCAGCUCAUUCGGGAGGCUGUUCAGCUAUGGCUCGACAAGAAAAAAACGGAUAGGAGGAAGUUACCGAAAAGAGCACCAGGGUUUGUCUCUUCACACAGGAAAGUGUUUGUGAGCACUGGUACUCAGUCUGACUCUGAACCUAUGUUGCGGGUAAAAAAAACUGCCGAUUUCUCAAAUUUUUUAUUAAGUAAAACGUUAUUUUUUAGUGUAAUAUUGCUAUAAAAAAUUUAUUUCAUAGACAAUGACACUCACUGACUGUCUGUUGCAAAAGUAUUUGCUUAUCACAAGUUAUAUAAUUAUCUAUCCAAAAUCAAAUAUGUAAUGGUCCAGUUAACGAACUGCUAAUGUAGUAUUAGUAGUCUGUACACAUAUAUACAUGAUACUUCCUAAUCAAUAUCUUCUUCAAUUACUUCAAGGUGGAUUCACUUUCGGUAAAUGCAGAUGGUUCACCGAAGCAGAUAGAGGUUGACCUAAAUGAGGAUCCAGAGUCUGAUCCAGAUGGUGACCUUGCUGCUAAAACUGUUACGGACAAAGCAGCCUAUGUAGACCCCGCUGCUGGAAUAGAUAAUGCUGCUUUGAAUGACACGCAGAUUCUAUUUUUAAUGAACGUGUCCCCAGAUGAAUAUAACGACUGCAUAGAAGAUAAUGAUGAUCUUUCUGCGAACGAAUCUGGAUUGUCGGAUGAAGAACUAGAGUUCUAG